AUGACUGAAACAGGAGGUAAAAUUUUAAGAGAAAAAUAUAUUAUUACAUUAAAAAAAAAUUCUGAAUAUUUACAGAAAAAUAUUAAUUUGUUGAACACUAAUAAUGCAUUAAAGAAUGAUAAGGAUGAUUUAAUAAAACAAAAUAAAGAAUUAAAAGAAAAAAUUGAAACAGAAUUAAAUAAAUUAAACAAAGAAGUAGAAAAAAAUAAAAAAACAAAUGAUGCUUUAAAAGUAUUGUUACAAGAACUGCAAGAUGAAAAUAGUUACUAUAAGAAUUAUGAAUUUAUUGAUAAAACAUUUGAUAAUCAUUUAGUUAAAUCAAUAUUCAUUAUACCAUAUAU